UUUUUUCUUUUAAUUUCAUCUUUUCAUAGUUUGGGGCUCUUUCCACCGAAGGCCCAUACUUCGUAAAAGCAUAGGCUUCGACAGCUAUGCCUAUACUAUGACAUCUCUAAUAAAGAGGUCCCUGAAACAGUGAUGCAUGGGUUGAAAUCAUAUAUGGAAGACUGUAAAGGAAAACAGUGAGAUAGACAGAGGCUUACGCAUCUGAAGAAUGGGAACAGAUAGCAACUACGGAGCCAUGCUAUUACAAUUUUUGGAUUCAGAGAUCAGUCAGUGCCUUAGACCCCAUGUGUAGGAAACAGUCUCCAAAUGAAUGAAUCUGAGACUCUUGGCAAAUUCUUUAAGGCGUCAAAGAAAUAAUUAUGCUCAGGGACCAGGUGUGCCCAACUUUUUAACUAGUCGGACCUACAAGGGACUUGUCCCAGUGACAUCCUCCACUGCCCCAUUGUGACCAACCAGGAGCUCCCCUUGAUUGUAAAAACAAAUGCCAAACUUGCUCUGUAGGCCACCCCCCGCAACCCUGACAACUUCUGUUACUGUAGAAUUCUGGUGAGGUGUGUCUCUCCGGUCUUGGUCUUGAAUGAUUCAAAGCAGCUUCCACCCGGGAAACUCAGUGGAGCUCCGCGGAGCAGCAGUUCUAAACUUUUCAGUUAAGUUUAGUUCUGGAACCAGACACGGAGGUACCCUUGCCCUGGAAAAUGCCAGAAGCUAGCCAGCUGAGAGGGUUCUGGUUCCGAGCACGCUGUACGUAAGAGAUUCCAGGGCAGAAAAAAUACUUGGAAAACCCAGAAAGGAAACUGACCCGGUGGCCGCUGAUUCGCUAUAGCCUCUGCAACCGAGAGCCUGCCUACAACUUCCAGAAUGCUUCGGGCUACACCUCGGCCGACUGACAGUACCACGCACCAAUGGGAGAACCCUAUCUGAGUUUGGGGUGGAGCCUCAGCGCAGGCUUUUCAACGAUCCAGAGGCCUCUCCGGCGGCAGGAGCUCACAUUCGUGACGCCAACCACAUUACGCCGCUCACUCCCAGACUCCUCCUCCCGGUUCUGCACGAGGCCCUCCCUUGCUCCCUCUCCUUUCGCCGCGCGAGUGGCCGGCGAGGAUGUGGACCUUGCUGAACUUAUUGGAUGACAGUGAUGUCACUCUGGAGGACGACAUGGCUCCGAACUGCGAGGCCCGCCCCUUUCGGACGGUGAUUGGAUUCUUCGGAGAAUCCUGGUCUGGGAUUGGUGUGAGGCGGGGCGACGGCUCUAGGGCCUCCUAGGCAAACCAGAGAGGCGGCUGCCCCUGGCCCCUCACUCUGGGAGAGCCCGAGGACCCACUACCUCAUCGCCCGGAGGGCGCGCUUGUGGCGUGGUGGGGGCGGGAGGGAGGGUGACCUUGGAGGACAAGAAAUGCUGGGGUCAGGGUGGUGGUGGCAGAAUUAGCUGGGGACUAGCUCUAGAAGCGCUUGCGAGGAGGACGAUGUGGGUGAUCCAGGAGGGUGUGGCUGUGACUGGUGUGGGAUGCAGUGGAAAGGAAGGGCCAAACCACAAAUCCGGAGAUCUGUGGAUGGUUCCUCAGAGGCGUUCUCUUUCUGGUUGUCCUUUUACUUGGCAACACGAGAGUCCUCAUGGUCAGUGUUCAAGAUCUUGGAACUCUGUCUUUGAGUAAAUCUAACCUGCAUUAGAGGACUGCGCAGGGCCUUUUGUGAUACUGGGUACAUACGUGGGGAAGAUGUCAGAAAUCAGGAAGCCGCUUCUGGGUUUCGUGCACAAACUCCAAGAUGCGAACGCGUCUGGAAGCUCAGGCAAGACUCAUUGUCCUACAUGUCUGAGGCUUUUCAAAGUCCCCAGGCUCUUGCCUUGCUUGCACACAGUGUGCACCACGUGUCUGGAAAAGCUGGAUCCAUUCUCAGUAGUGGACAUCCGUGGGGGUGACUCAGAUACAAGCUCUGAGGGGUCAGUAUUCCAGGACCCCGAGUUAUGUAGCCUGCAGCCACAGAUCGGCAUCCUCUGUCCGGUAUGUGAUGCUCAAGUGGACCUGCCCUUGGGUGGAGUGAAGGCUUUAACGGUAGACCACCUGGCCAUGAAUGAUGUGCUGCUGGAGAACCUGCGUGGGGAAGGCCAGGGCCUGGUGUGUGACCUGUGCAGCGACAGAGAAGUAGAGAAGAGGUGUCAGACCUGCAAAGCCAAUCUCUGCCACUUCUGCUGCCAGGCUCAUAGGUAAAGAGGGAGUACCCCGUUUAUUGUGGCGUAAGAGUAGAGUGCAAAGAAAGCAAGACACAGAUCCCUUUGGUGAGCAGGUCAAAAAGAAGGCUUUCGCAGACACUGUCAAAGUGCAAAGAACACUGUGCAAACAGAUCGCAAGCUCUAGAACGGAGGUUAGCACCGCUGACCUGAUAGCUGUAGUAACAAAAGCAGGGCAGGUUUCGGUUUAUAGAGCACCUUGAGUUUUCUUCUAUCACCAAUUGUUUAAUCUAUUGAAAACGGACCGUGUGCUGGAGAGAGGAUUACUGUGCUAGCAUACACCCUGCGCUUGAUCUCAUCUGAUCAUUGUAACUCUUACCGAAAGGCGACAGAAGAAGACGACAUAUCACACCAUGGUGGACCUAAAAGACCUGAAAGGCUACAGCCAGGUUGGAAAGCCCAUCCUAUGUCCUUCUCACCCUGCAGAGGAGCUGAGGCUGUUCUGUGAACUCUGUGACCGGCCGGUGUGUCGGGACUGUGUAGUUGGGGAGCACCGAGAGCACCCCUAUGACUUCACCAGCAAUGUCAUCCACAAGCAUGGAGAUUCUGUGCGGGAGCUGCUUCGAGACACCCAGCCCCAUGUGGAAGCCCUGGAAGAUGCCCUGGCACAGAUUAAAAGUGUGAACAACGCCCUCCAAGAGCGAGUGGAGGCAGUGGCAGCUGACGUCCGGACAUUCUCUGAGGGCUACAUCAAAGCCAUCGAGGAACACCGGGACAAGCUGCUGCAGCAGCUGGAUGACAUACGGAUCCAGAGGGAAACCGCUUUACAGCUGCAGAAAGCGCAGCUGGAACAGCUGCUGGCAGAUAUGCGGACUGGAGUGGAGUUCACCGAGCAUCUGCUGACCAGCGGCUCGGACUUAGAGAUUCUCAUCACCAAGGGAGUGGUUGUAGAGCGGCUCAGGAAGCUGAAUAAAGUUGAAUACAGUGCCCGCCCAGGAGUGAACCAUAAGAUCUGCUUCUCCCCCCAGGAGAAGGCAGGCCAGUGCCAAGGCUAUGAAGUGUAUGGGGCCAUUAACACGCAGGAAGUUGAUCCAGCUCAGUGUGUCCUUCAGGGAGAAGAUCUCCACAGAGCUCGAGAGAAACAGACAGCCUCUUUUACCUUGUUCUGUAAGGAUGCCUCGGGACAGAGCAUGGGCAGGGGAGGAGAUAAUGUCCAUGUGGAAGUUGUCCCCAAAGAUAAGAAGGACAGUCCGAUCAGAACAGUGGUCCAGGACAACAAGGAUGGGUCGUACCGCGUUUCCUACACCCCCAAGGAGCCUGGCAUCUACACCGUGUGGGUCUGCAUCAGAGAGCAGCACGUGCAGGGCUCACCAUUCAACGUGACCGUGAGGAGGAAGCAUCGGCCACAUCCGGGUGUGUUUCACUGCUGCACCUUCUGCUCCAGUGGAGGACAGAAAGCUGCCCGCUGUGCCUGCGGAGGCACCAUGCCGGCCCGCAGGCCCAAGCAGCAGCAAGCAAGGGUCCGUCCCUUUGCUGCCUCACAGGUGGAUACCUUGGCUGUGGCCACGGACACAAAGGCCACCCGGGCCGUCCACACUGGUCUUGCUGUGGGAAGUUCAUUGAGAAGUCCGAGUGCUCGUUCACGAGUGGGCAGGGCGCCCCGAGGAGUCUGCUUAGGACCGUGGCGCUCUGAUGCUUCCUGGGGACAAGUCGGGCCAGGUAACCCUGAAGCUAGCAUAACUUCAGCUAUGCAGAGAACCCAGAGCUUGAGUAGUUCCAAAGAGACUGACAGAAUUAAAGACGAAGUGCUUUCUCUAACAUCAGACUUCAAGUGCUUUCUGUGUGGGCAUCUCUCGUGUACCAUGGCGGAGUGCAGGCCUCCCCUACACCGCUCCUCAAGGCAGGCUGCUGAUCUACUCCACGGAAAGCUCUCCUGUUUUAUACGGGCAUUGAGGUGUCUGUGCCAUGGGACCAUGAGCUCCUGGAGCAGGGAGGACUUUAUGCCUUCCUUUCCACUGUGUUGCAGCCUCUCCGGUUUACCCCGAGCUAGAGUUUCAGGGCUUCUCCUGGAGGAUGAAACCCCUCUGGCCCAUCAUUUGUUUGUUGUAUACUUUCAGUGGUUUCCUAGUACACAGUUUAUGAUGAUUAUCACGGUUUUGCCGUCUAGAUGAGCGCCCGAGUGAUGCUCAUGUGUAGGCACACAAGUAGACAGUAAGGAGGUACGGUGUGGCAAGAGCGCAGCCAUCUGCUGCAGUUCUUUACAUCAGAUGACGGCGGGUCCUCCAUCCACACAGCUCUGACUUAAUGGAGGGCUUUCGCUGCCCUCUCUACCCUGCAACAGCUGAAAGCACUGACUCUGCAGGGCACCCCCUAGCGGCUACAGGAUUCUGGGAGGAAGACUUAGUACUCCCUCAGCCCAGCCAAGGUCUUCCCAGUAGAGAUUUUGUGUUUUCUGGGAUUCUUGGUUUCUUACACAGCAGUAAACUCACAACAUAUGAAACUGAAUUACUGAAGUUUGCAUUAUAGGAUCUCAUAGGGAGUGGUGACUCAUUGGAGGGGCAAUUGGGUAAAGGAAAGGAAGCGAGGCACUUAGAUGACCACUGUCAGGUUUCACUUCCUUCUCUUAGCCUUUAAGAUAAGAUACAUUAAGAUAAUUAAGACAUUAAGAUACUUUCUUCAUUUUCUUCGAACAUUCCCCUUGAGCCCCUUUCUGGAAGCAAAAUCUGAUGUUCCCAGAAGACAACACUGCCCCUCUCCCCCUCAGCUGGUUGUUGUUUGCUCCUCACUCUGUCUGUUCCCACCCACUCCCAGCCACACCCUGAGCCAGGUCAGGUGUCUACUGAGCUUGCCAUGGCUGCUUUGAGAUCACUGGUUCUCAGCCAGGCAACCCCACCUCCCGGGGGCGUGUCUUACAGAAUCUUGGGGAUAUGGGUUCUAGCAGCAUUGAGUAGGGCCACAGGUCAGUUUAUUCAACUGCAGGAUAGCUUUCUGCAGCAAAUGGAGCAUGCUUUGCCUCCCUGCAGUGCCAUUUUCAUGUCUGAUGAGGCGUACAUCCUGCAUUCUGCUCAAUGGUUCCCUCCCAGGCUCCUAAGCUCGACCUUGCACUGUGUUGUUGUCAGUAUGCUCAGUAGAGUCAAAGAGCAGUCCUUCCAUUUCUCGCCCCUGUUUCCUCCCGUGACCUCCUUCUGACUUAAAUACCACUUAGACUCGGUGACUCCCAAGUCCUCUUCAGGUCACUCUCUAGAUGAUUAUGAGGUCCAGUGACUUACGUCAUCACAUCUCCUCUUAUGUGUACAGUAAGCCCCUCAUUCAAAUUUAAAUGGCUCCCAGUGUCCAGUUCUCACUUGCUCCUGCCUGUCAUCACCAAACAGCUUCUCCUGGAGUCCUCUCCACACUUUAAAAGAGAAGCGUCUGUCCUUAGGUGGGGCAGCCUGGAAACUCCUUGUGUGUCACACCAUAUCCAAACCACUGGUAACUCCUGUCAACCUCACUUUCACUGACUCCUGCUCUCUGCGUCCAUUGCUACCAUCCUGGUCUGACAAGCCGAGACUCCCACCAGAAAGCUUUGCCUAUCUUCUCGCCAGCCUGCUUCCACAUCAGGUCAUUCUGCUCGGUGCCUCCAGUGACCGCUCGCUCAUCUCAGAACAGAGGCAGCUCACCUGCUUCACAUUACCAUGUGCCAGCGUGGUCUGAUCCAUGGCCUUCUCUUCCUACCCAGCUCCACCUUCUGUCCAGGCACAGUGGCCCUGCCGGCCGCUGCUCAGGCUCAGCAGCCUCUUCUUGGAGCCUUUAUAGUAAUGGGCCUUCUAUCUGACAGUCCUUCUCAAAGAUGCAUCAUACCCUUUGACUUCAAGUUUCUGCUCUAGUGUCAACUAUUGUCCUAUUAGUGAGGUUUCUAACCAUCCUGAGUAAAACAGAAGAAUCAUACCCAGGAGGAGGCAUCCCCUGCCCGGCUUCAUCACCAGCUGACGGGUGAUGUAUUGUCUUACAUCUGCUGUACUGGACUCUGAGCUCCGCGAGGGCAGGGAGCUGGCAUUCAGUAACUGUAUUAUCCCCAUGCAGGUCAGACUUUGGCUCACAGUAGAGACAAAUAGUAUGUUGAAUGAAUAAAAAUUCAAGUUGGUAGAGUUUUGUUUGGCUUUACUUAGUAUGUUUUCAUGACUUCCAUUUCCCUAAACCCAAGUAUAUCCCAUUGAACCAAAGACCACUUGGGAAAAGGUCUUAACCGCCUAUCAGACUUGUUGGAUACAAGUAAGCACCCAAGGGACCAGCCUUGAAUUUUCCAGUUACCUCAGACAUCCAGGGAGUCUUGUGCCCUGAAGUCUCUGGAAUUACAUCAUCUUUCCCCAGGGGUCUUGAGUCAGUGCAGCAGAGCCAAGCACAGCUCGAGAGUCUACCUUGGAGAGCUUGCGACAACCGGGCAGUUUUUUGUAGAUGAAGCUGCAUCUCUAGAGGAAAACUUUGAUCUCAGUGGGGCAUCCAGGGUCUAGCUACUACCAUUAAACAGGGAGGAAGAACUCAAGGUCGGAAGCACAUACUUUGGCUGGUAACAACUCUGUUAAUGUUUAAAGUCCCCGUGGGCGGUGGUAGGGGUGCCUGGGCUCUUACUUAGUUUGAACAAUAAUGGGGUCUUAGCCCAAUUUAGUCCAGAUGCUCUGGCAGCUGAAAAAAAACUAUGAAAAGGUCAGAGUGAUCUGAGAACCCCCAAACUCUACGGCAAGGAGAAGAGAAGUGGAGUUUUUAGGGAGGAUACAAAUGUGUCCUCAUGUGCACGCUGAAGAUACAGCUUCAUGAUGUAAGCGAUGUGGCUGGUAUUACGGCUGAGAAAAAAAGCGACAAAUUCGAGUCUUGGUCCUGUGGGAUAUAAACACCUUGGCUGUCUUGGCCAGCCCACCCCUCCUGCUCCCUCUCUGCAAUCAUUGCUCACCCUUACUCCAGAGGAUGCACACCUGUGGCAGGCAUGGCUGUCACCCGAGGAUGCUCACCUGUGUCAGGUGUGGCUGUCAACCGAGGAUGCUCACCUGUGUCAGGUGUGGCUGG